AUGAACUCUGCGCGCUCCGCUCUCGGCGGAUCCUUGCCAUCACUCUUUGAGCAGAUCUGUGAUGUUAUCAAGCGAUUGGUCCAGUGGAUCUUUUCUUGGGCUCAGUCUUUUAUGAACAAUGCUGCUUCGGGGCCCGCCAUCACAAUGGAUACAGGAAGACGUGUCCGCAUUGGAAAACAAAUUGCUGAGGGAGGAUUCAGUUAUGUCUUUGAAGCCACUGAGGAUGAGUCCACAGCCGGCAGCAACCAACAGCUAUAUGCACUCAAACAGAUCCGUUGUCCGGAACCGAACAUGCUGCAAGAAUGCCGCGAAGAGGCUGCAGUUCACAGAGCUACCAUGGGACACCCCAAUAUUUUACCACUCCUGGGAUUCACUGUCGUCGAUGAUAUUGCCUACAUGCUGUUUCCUAGAAUGAAUCGGUCAUUGCGGGCUGAGAUCAAUCAUCGAAUUCUAGAAGCUCCUGGGGAUAUCUACAACGUAUCCAGGGCCCCCUGGAAUGAAGUGGAUGUGCUGAAUUUAUUCUUGGAAAUUGCGAGAGGACUGCAAGCUCUGCACAAUGCCCAUUACUCACAUCGAGAUGUCAAAGUCGAAAACAUUAUGUUUGAACACGCAAAUUCAAUUCGAACUCCGGUCCUCAUGGAUUUUGGCUCUGUGGGACCUAUUCGAGAAGAAGUCAAUACCAGGCGACAAGCUUUAAAUAUCGUGGAUCGGGCAUCCCAGCACACGACAAUGCCCUACCGGCCACCGGAACUCUUUGAGGGUGGUGUCCGAGCGGGAGACCCACCCGUUGAUUUUGCCAGUGUGGACAUGUGGUCAUUGGGCUGCACGUUCUUUGCCGUCCUCUUUGGAGCGUCUCCUGGUGAAAGCGAAUUUUCCAGAACAAACGGGAGAAUAAGAAUCGUCGAUUGUACGCAACUCAAAGUCCUUGGCGGCCUUCCCAAGCUGCCGCCCAAGUGUUGUGCAGCGUCGUGGUAUUCCCACGACAUACUUCUGCUCAUUGAACAAAUGUUGGUGCAGGAUCGGCAUCAGAGGCCGUCAUUGACUCAAAUCAUGAAACAAAUAGAAGCGUUGAUCCACAAAAUGGGUGGGCGCGUCGUCGAGCUCGAAACAAUGGAUCAUAUGGCGGAUGAAAACGGUGAUGAUUUCCACUCCCUACUGAGCGCCAAUAGAGGGUUUCCCUGA